AUGCGAAACAGUGGUCCAAAUGCUCCUUCCCGUCCUCGCUCAGCCUUCAAUCUGUACAUGCAGUAUCGCUUAAGCCAUGAUGAGGAUCUUGUUGCUCGUCCCUUCAUAGAGCGUCGACGUUUAAUUGGGGGGGAAUGGUCUGCAAUGUCUCAACAACAAAAACAAAUUUAUCGCGAUCAAGCAAUUUGUGAGCGUGAAAAGUAUCUCAAAGAAUUUGAUGAGUACAAGAAAACUGACGAGUACAAAGAAUGGAUAGCCAAGCAGGAAAUUAGUCAAUCUUUGAAGCGUGGAAAAAAAACUACGGGUAAACACAAUGUCGAAGAUGGCUUGGGGGACGGUGUUUCUUCGAAAUUCCGUCGAGUUCCGAUAUUUACUCAGGAGUUUCUUGAAUAUAAUCGCCAGAGGGAGAUGUCACUGCGCCACCUUCGUAAGCAGGCACGCUCUCUACUGCCCUUAGUUACUAAAUUGGACGAAGAAACUGCUCUACUAAGCAAACAUGUCGAGAAUCUCGCUAACGCUGGAAACAACUUAGAGCAGCAGAUAAAGGCAGCAGAGGCUCAGCUGUCUUUGGAGGAGGCUGUUGUACAGAAGUUCUGUAAAGAGCUAGUGACCACAUUUGCAGACCUCCCAGUCCCUACUUUGGAUAAAUCGACUCGAUCGCCUUCGAAGGGCUCUGAGAGAAUUACCCUCAGCAGUGUUGACUCAUACCUUUCGAGACUGGCUGAGCUCUCCUCCUCUGGUAACCACGAAACGCUAAGAACUACUGCGGUGGAAUUCCUGCGGGCUGCGAUUCGGUCGAAGAAACUGACAAUGUGUUCUACAUAA